UUUGGGGGAAAUUUUUGUUUAUUUCCGCGAUUAUAGAAAUCAGAACAGAACUUGAUUAUCGCUCGAUUUGUGAAUUUAAACCGAUUAACACGUUGAUAAAAAAUGUUAAAUGUGGUAUUAUUUGCUGUGUUUUCAGCUGCGGUUCGAGAAGUAAAAAAAAACAACAGGAAGUAGGAGAGAUUUUCGCGACAUGAUCUGAAGCAGAGCCGCGCUUCAGGAUGGAGGAUGAAACCCUGGAAGAUCGCAGCGUGGAGGUCCUUCAGAUCCCCGAUAGUUUGGACGAUGACCUGCUGUGGCUUUACUUUGAAAACAGGAGGCGGUCUGGAGGAGGGAACAUCAUUUCUCUGAUCCGGACCGGAGACAGAGCCGUACUGGUGUUUGAAAGUGUUGAGGUUGCGACGAGAGUCCUGCAGAAAGGUUCCCAUCGCCUCAGUGAUGCCCAACUGAUCAUACGCAAGAAACCCCCGAAGGAUCAUGGGAAGCUGGUCCUGCGUGGUCUCUCUCCCAGCACCAGUCGUGACCUUCUGGAGCUUUACGUGGAUAAUCUGACCGGGAUCGAGUCUGACAACUACACCCUGUUUCAGUCUCCAGGGAAAGACCUGGUCCUCAUCCACCUCCACCAGCCUGCAGCCGAGGAUUACGAGAAGAUGUGCAGUAAGGUCUCCAAGCGAGCACUGGAUGGCGCAAGGCUAACUCUGGAGCAGGUGGAGUGCACAGACUCCAUCAUGGUGGGGAACCUGACCCCCGAGCUGAACGACGAUCUGCUGACGCUGUACUUCGAGAGCAUCCGCAGUGGGGGAGGAGAGGUGGUGGGCGUGAGCAGGAUCUCACAACAUCUCGCUAAGGUCUCCUUUAAAGAUGUUCAGUCUGUGAACGUCAUUCUUCAGAAGUCUCACAGGCUGGAGGAGACGGACCUGACGGUGGAACCUUAUUAUUCUUUCUUGCACUCAGAGGACGACUCCCCUCAGACGGGUUUACAGAACGGGACAGAUCAGGGUGUGGAUGAUCAGAUUAGCACCGUAUCUCCUGUGAAUGGCACACACUCUGAUCUGAUCAGCGCUGCAUCAUCUUCAUUAUCAUCAUCCCUCAGUCAGGAAGCUAUGAUUGUUGAUCUCCAGGUGACUCCAGAACCUGUUGAUAUCCCACAGGUCCUUCAGCCUCCAGCUAAACCACAGCGCUCCAUCUGCCAUGUCUCCAUCCCCGACCCCGUCAAACGCGAGCUGCUCACUCUCUGCGACAUUCCUGAGAAGCUGAGAACGUCUCAUCCUGGUUACGAGAUCAGAGUCACGCAGAACAGCGUGGAGGUGGAAGGCCCCGCCCAAGACGGAGCCGAGAAACUGAAAGGCGAGGUGCUGGAGUUCCUGAGCGGCAUGUCACAGGUCCACGUCACGGUCAGCGCUCUGAAAGCAGACUUCCUUCGGAGACAGGACGUCAGAGACAAGCUGACGGCCAAGCUGAAGGCCCAGGGGCUGCCCUGCUCCUACAUGCUGAACGGGGCUGUGCUGAUUUUAUACUCCACCUCCAUACAGAUGGUCAACCAGGCAUGUCAGGAGAUAAAGGGUGCGGUCAGCGAGUUCAUCCUGAACGUGGAGCCUGAGUACGAGUACAUCAUCUACUCUGAGGACUGGAAAACCUUCCUGAUGAGACAGGGCACGUGCAACGCCGAAACCUCAGCUCAGGGGAACACCGUCUCCGUGGUGACGCUGAAGGAGGCGGAGUUGGAGGUGAAGGAGAACAUCGCCCGGUUCCUCAGCACGCCCAUUCAGAGGGAGAAAGUCCUCAGCAUGCAGCCUGCCAUGCUCAUCUACAUCCAGCUGCACCACCAACAGCUGCUCAUGGACAUGUCUGAGGUCAUCAUCUUCCCGCUGGACAGCGGAGACGGCCUGAGCAUCCAGGGAAACCCCACAGCAGUGCAGACGGCAGCGGAGGUUUUGUCCAGCGUGAUCGACUCCACCUACACCAAGAUCAUUACGGUCAAUCAGCCGGGCAUCGCUCGCUUCCUGCGCCAGGACGAGGAGGGGCUCAGCAUCCUGGGCGAGAUGACCGCCAAGUUCCAGGUCUACAUCAAUCUUGAGCGGGUGCAUUGGGAGCCCCUGGAGGAACAGGACAUCUUCGCUCUGGCAUGGAAAAUGAUGUCGAGUCAGAACUUUGCGAGGAGCUCCUCAGUUCAGCAUGUAGAAGAUCCCAGGGCCGGUGCUCCUCCUUCUGCUGCGGCUGAUAAAGACACCUCAGCUCGACUAGAAGAAGCUAAGAAGAUCUUGUGUUUGCUGGAGAGUGAUCGUUCUCACAUGGCAGCAGCAGCAGAGGAGGAGGAAAUGGAUCUGUACUCAGCUCCCGCUUCCUCAGGAGAACAGAUGGAAACCCAGGACUCGCUUAAAGCUGAGAGUCAGCAGGAAGACAUGGUCAGUCUGGAUGAGGACGCUUCUCUGUCUCUGGCCAUCCAGAUGUCCAUGGAGGACAGUCAGAACCCAGAGCUGCUGGCCGAAGAGGAGCUGCAGAAGGUCCUCCAGCUCUCCAAAGACGAGGCGACGUCCAUGGACGAGGGCCGCGAGGUGGUGAAGGUGGUGGACGUGUCUUUUAAGGAGUCCAUCAGCUCGGCCAACGUGGCGCAGAUCGAGGUGUUUGCGUGUUACACCCAUGACCUGGUGCGCGUCGACAUCGCCCUGGGGAAGAAGGUGGGUCUGAGGCAGUGCGAGGAGAAGCUGCAGCACACAAGCUUCAGGAAGCUGUCGGGUUUUCACCGCCGCUGCCUGGACCUCAUCAAGAGGAAGCACGGUGUGGAGAUCCAGGUCCAGGGAACCACGGCCGUAGUCACGGGGUUCAAGAACUACGUGACCGAAGCGCUGCAAGAUCUGAACGAGCUGCUGGAGAGAGCUUCAGGAAGCACCACGGACGCCGAGAUCCUGAAGACCGUGCAGUGGGCGUGGCACGACCGAGAGCGCUCUGUGGUGACGCCGUACUCGCCUGAGGCCACGGUCUUCAUCGAAAACGCCUGGAGGAUCAAACAGAACAAACUGGACAUCCUGUUCAACAACCAGCCCUACACCAUCGACUUUACCAAGAUGCAGGAGUUCAGCGUGUCGUCUGGACGAUCCGUGCCCAUUUCACGCAAACUCAUCAGCUCUGCUGACCUCUACACAGAAUUCCAAGAUGAUUACAGUCUGCUGUCAGACAUUCCGGACGCCACGAGACUUGAGAAGGAAUCUGAGGAGUAUAAGGAAGUGGCUGCGGAAUUCUUCAGCAGCCUCACUGACAAGAGCAACGUCCAGAUCAUCCAGGUGGAGAAGCUGACCAACCGGCUGCUGUACAGUCAGUACCUGCUGAAGAAGGCGGACAUGGAGCAGAAGGUUCGGGGAGAUGUGGAGCGGACGCUGUAUCACGGCACCAGCGAGAGCAGCGUGAAGGAGAUCUGCAUCCACGGCUUCAACAGGAGCUUCUGCGGCAAAAACGCCACGGCGUUCGGACAGGGCGUGUACUUCGCCGUGAAAUCCUCCUACUCCAUCUCGGACACCUACUCUCCGCACAACGCCGACGGACACAAGUUCAUCUUCGUGGCCAGAGUCCUGACGGGAGAGUUCACACAGGGCAAGCACGACAUGAGGACGGCGCCGCUCAGAGAGGGCUCGGACAUCCCCAUGCGCUUCCACAGCGUGGUGGACGUGGUCAGGGAUCCCAAUGUCUUCGUCAUCUUCAACGACACCCAGGCAUAUCCACAGUACCUCAUCACCUGCACCAAGACUCCCGAGUGACGCCCAAACGCCUCCUCCUCCUCCAGAUCUUUCCUUUCUGACCCACACCUACAUGUUAAUCUGACCUUUAACGUCCGACACACGCAAAAUCGCCCCAGUCUCAUUAAUCAGUGGACACUAAAGACUGUAUUACUUCACUGAGACAAACCAAUAAAGGCUUUAAAAUGA